AGACAAUUUGGAGACCAUCUUGUUUAUUCAAACAUCUCGAACAUUUCGACCCGGAUUGUAUUGGGACUCAAAGCUAUCAGAGAGUUUCUGGUAUUGAUUUUAGUUGUAGAAAUUACUGGCGGAGACCCAGAAGACUCUUUUAGGAGCGUCCCGCGGCUCUUCCGGGAAUCGCGGCGAGGAAGGAGGAACAGGAUGGCGCGCCUCAUCAUCCUCAUCCUCACAGUCCUGCGUGUAUUUGAGUGGGGUUGGAGUGUGUUGGGAGGAUGGAGGUGAUGGGAGGCAGAGCUUGAGGCUCUCUGGACUCUCCGGGAUUCGCGAUCGACAGACUGAAGGAAUGCGCGCCGGACUUUCACACUUUCUCAGGUUCACAGGAUGAAAUAAACCCGUCUUUAACAGCCAUCGUCAUGGUUUUAUCGCCGUCCACCAUCAGCCAAGUGGCAGGGCCAAGCAAUGCGACUCCGCUUUGCUUCUCCAUCAACAGCCCGCCUUUCAGACACAACCUGACCAUCGCCUCAGCGUACUUCUCAUCCGUCUUCAGUGGCCUCGGCUUGAGCUCCAACCUCUUUGCUUUGGUGGUUCUGGCCAGGACCUUCCACCACACAAAGAGCCGCUCGCGGUCCUCGUUCCUGCUCUUCCUCGGCGGACUGGUGUUCACCGACUUCAUGGGACUGUUGGUCACCGGGUCCAUCGUGGUGUCCUUCCACAUCACGCACUUUAACUGGCGACAACUGGACCCUCAUUGCCACUUCUGCAACUUCAUGGGCAUGUCGAUGGUCUUCUACGGUCUUUGCCCGCUGCUUCUCGGCGCCACGAUGGCCGUGGAGCGAUUCGUAGGCAUCAACCGACCCUUCGCCCGCUCCACCUCCAUGUCCAACAGCAGAGCAUGUUCGACGGUGGUCAUGGUUUGGAUCACGGCUGGUUGCAUCAGUCUUCUGCCACUGAUGGGAUUGGGAAGCUACCAACUCCAGUACCCCGGUUCCUGGUGCUUCCUCAACAUCAGCUCCAGCCCACUAGACAUGACGUUCGGGUUGAUCUUCUCGCUCGUGGGUUUGCUGUCGCUGGCCGUAUCGUUCCUGCUCAACACGGUGAGCGUGAUCACCCUACUGAGGGUGUGUUGUGGACAGGACAGCGGUCAGCGGAGACGAGACUACGAAGUGGAGAUGAUGGUGCAGCUGAUUUUGAUUAUGGCCAUUGCCUCCGUCUGCUGGUGCCCUCUACUGGUGUUUAUUGCGCAGACCGUGCUGUCGGACAAGACGUUUGAGAUUUCCCACCUGCUUCUCUGGCUUCGUUUUGCGACGGGGAACCAGGUCCUGGAUCCCUGGGUCUACAUCCUGUUCCGACGUGCCAUACUGAAACGCCUCGCUCCCAGGAUGGACUGGUCGCGCGGCUCCAUCAUCAGCAACUAUCCUACGCUCUCCACGUCCUUCCGCAAACUCACGCGUGGUUCUCUUGGAGGAACCAUCGACCGUUUGGAUCACGUGCGGGCGAGUCCGGCCAAAGCCAGGGAAGAGGAUACGCCGUUACCGGCGCAGGACGCCACCGUGACGUCUAGUCCUAUUUAGCAACGAAGACUAUUUUAGCAAUUAUCUUCUACUUCAUUCACAAUUCAAUGUCUAAUGUGGCGCCCAAUGUAGAGCGUGAACCAUCUUUUGAACCCUGUUGUUGGUGGACACGUUCGAGAAGUGUAUAUUUGACUUCUCAAGACGUGACGAAAUCACAUGAACUUGGAGAGUGAGGCGGUUGAGGAAAACGUACUGCAAACUUGCAGACUUGAGUGAGAAAGUGGGCGGGGCUUGGUUUUCCAGUUGGCCAGUGAUUGGUUGAUGAAAAGGGUUGAAAGAUAGGUAUGUGAUGUCACUUUGGAGGCGGAGCCUUUGUACAAUAGUGCCCGCCCACUUUUUCAGCAAGAGAAAUCACAACAUUGCAAACUCUGAUUUAAAGCAAGAUGUAUUUGAAAAUAGGACAAAAAGACAAGAAUGUAUACUUAAUGGCUUUAAUAAAAAUGUACAGUACAACCUUGAGUGGGAGAGUGGGCGUGACUUGAUUUUACCAGUUCACCAAUGAUUGGAUGACAAAACGUGACGGUUGGUUCAAGGGGGAAGGGUUCAAAAGAGUUUUUCGCAUUCAUUUCCCAUUCAGCUUUUCGUUAAAGAUCCAUGAACCAAACCAAAAUCGAUGGUUGGUUGGAGAGGGAGGGGUUGGAAAAUAAGUAUGGGAUUUUAUUUUGGAGGCGGAGCCUUUGUGCAAUAGUGUCCGCCCACUUUUUCAACAAGAGAAAUCCCACUUGAGUGGGAGAGUGGCUUGAGAGACUUGAUUUUACCAGUUCACCAAUGAUUGGAUCACAAGAAGUGACAGUUGGUUGAAGGGGGAAGGGUUCAAAAUUAAGUGUGUUUGUUGAUCUCAUUUUUGGGGGUGGAGCCUUAGCACAAUAGUGUCCGCCCACUUUUUCAGCAGUUUCGGGAGUUUUUCACAUUCGUUUCACAUUCAGCUUUUCCUUAAAGACCCAUGAACCAAACCAAAAUUGAUGGUUGGCUGGAGGGGAAGGGGUUGGAAAAUAAGUAUAGGAUUUUAUUUUGGAGGCGGAGCCUUUGUACAAUAGUGUCCGCCCACUUUUUCAGCAGUUUCUGGAGUUUUCACAUUAAUUUCCCGUUCAACUUUUUGUUAAAGAUCCAUGAGCCAAACUAACCAACUAUAACAUUGCAAACUCUUAUUUAAAGCAAAAAAUAUUUAAAAAUAGAACAAAACAAGACAAGAAUGUAUACUUAAUGUCUUUAAUAAAAAAUGUUUAAAAAACAUAUAGUACAAACUUGAAGGCUUAAGUGGGAAAGUGGGUGGGACUUGGUUUUCCAGUUGGUCAGUGAUUGGAUGAUGAAAAGCGACAGGUGGUUGGAGGGUGAGGGGUUGGAAAAUAAGUAUGUGAUGUCAUUUUGGAUGUGGAGCCUUUGUACAAUAGUGCCCGCCCACUUUUUCAGCAAGAGAAAUCACGCUUGAGUGGGAGAGUGGGCGUGACUUGAUUUUACCAGUUCACCAAUGAUUGGAUCACAAGAAGUGACAGUUGGUUGAAGGGGGAAGGGUUCAAAAUUAAGUGUGUUUGUUGAUCUCAUUUUUGGGGGUGGAGCCUUAGCACAAUAGUGUCCGCCCUCUUUUUCAGCAGUUCCUGGAGUUUUUCACAUUCGUUUUCCAUUCAGCUUUUCAUUAAAGAUCCAUAAACCAAACCAAAAUCGAUGGUUGGUUGGAGGGGGAGGGGUUGGAAAAUAAGUAUGGGAUUUUAUUUUGAAGGCGGAGCCUUUGUACAAUAAUCUCUGCCCACUUUUUUUCAGCAGUUCCUGGAGUUUUUGACAUUCAUAUCCCAUUCCACUUUUCGUUAAAGAUCCAUGAACCAAACUAAACAUCUACAACAUUGCAAACUCUGAUUUAAAAUAUAAUGUAUUUAGAAAUAGCACCCAAAAAAAACAAGAAUGUAUACUUAAUGGCAUUAAUAACAAAAAAUGUAUAAUACAAACUUGAAGGCUUGAGUGGGAAAGUGGGUUGGUUUUACCAGUUGGCCAGUGGUUGGAGGAGAAAAAAUUGAUGGUUGGUUGGAGGGGGAGGGGUUGGCAAAUAAGUAUCUGAUGUCAUUUUAGAGAUGGAGCCUUUGUACAAUCGUGCCCGCCCACUUUUUCGCAUUAAUUUUCCAUUCAACUUUUCGUUAAAGAUCCAUGAACCAAACUAACCAACUACAAGGUGAAUUGAUUAAAAAUUAAAAAAAACAUGUAUACUGCAAAAUUAAUUAAUAAAAAAUUAGUAUAGUACAAACUUGAAAGCUCGAGUGGGAAAGUGGGUGUGGCUUGGUUUUACCAGUUGGCCAGUGGUUGGAGGAUAAAAACUGAUGGAUGGUUAAAGGAGGAGGGGUUGGCAAAUAAGUAUCUGAUGUCAUUUUAGAGGCGGAGCCUUUGUACAAUCAUGCCUGUUCACUUUUUUCAGCAAUUCUUGAAGUUUUUUGCCAAUCAAGUCUUCGUAAAGUGUUAAACCCAACGAUGAACCAAAUCAAUCAGCUACGAGACAAAUCACAACAUUGCAAACUCUGAUUUAAAUCAAAAUGUAUUUAAAAAUAGGAUAAAAAGACAAGAAUGUAUACUUAAUGGCUUUAAUAAAAAUGUACAGUACAGUCAGGGCUUGAAUUAUACCAAACAGCCGGUGAUUGGAUAAUGAAAUGUGGUGGUUAGUUGGAAGGGUUCAAAAUUAAGUGUUUGGUGAUCUCUUUUUUGGGGGUGAAACCUUAGCACAGUAGUGCCCACAAACUUUUUCAGCAGUUCUUUGAGUUUUUCCCCCAUUAAUUUCCCACUGAAGUCUUCGUUAAAGAGUUAAACCCAAACAUGUCAGGUACAAGGUGAAUCACAACAUUACAAACUCUGAUUUAAAGCAAAAACCAUCUGUACUUAAUGGCUUUAAUAUAUAUAUAUAAAAAAGUAUAGUACAAUCUUGAAGGCUUAAGUUGGAAAGUGGGUGGGGCUUGAAUUUUACCAGUUGGCUAGUGAUUGGAUGAUAAAAUGUAAAUUUGGUUGAAGGGGGAGAAGUUCAAAAUUAAGUGUUUGGUGAUCUCGUUUUUGGGUGGUGCCUUAGCACAAUACUGCCUGCCCACUUUUUCAUCAGGUUCUUGAGUCUUUCACAUUCUUUUCUCAUUCGAGUCUUUGUUAAAGAGUUAAACCAACCCAUGAACCAAACCGAUCAGAUACAAGGUGAAGCCCUCUGAUUUAAAGUAAGAAGAGUAUUUGAAAAUAGGGCAAAAAGGCAAGAAUGUGUACUUAAAGGUUUCAAUGAAAACAUACAGUACAAAUUUGAAGGCUUGUGUGGGAAAGUGGGCGGGGCUUGAUUUUACCCUUUGGCCAGUGAUUGGAUGAUGAAAAGGGUUUUUUACGAAGUCUAUAAAGAGUUAAAAACCAUGAUCCAAACCAACCCACUAUAAGGCGAAUCACAUUACAACCAGUUAUUUAAGCUUAUUUGGAAAAUAAGUAUGUGAUGUCAUUUUGGAGGUGGAGCCUAUAUGCAAAACUUCCAACAGUUUUUGGAGUGUUUUUCCCAAAGGGAUUUUAAAAGAGUUAAAAGCAAUGAACCAACUGACUAGGAGGUAAUCAGUUAACUAUAAUUUAAAGGAAAAACGUAUUUAAAAAUCUGACAAGAUUGUAUACUGAAUGUCUAACAUUGAAAAUGUACAGUAGAAAUUUGCAGGCUUGACUCGAUUUGGGACGACUGGGCAGUUUUGGCUCGCUUCCUAGACAAGCACCCUCCUUUUCCUUGCUGAUAAGACUAUGAGGACCACACACUUGGAGAAAAUAGCAAAUUUUUAUCACCAAUUCUGGUUUAUUUAUGCUCCUGUUAUGGAAAGUUCUUGUCUUCCAAGGAAUUAAACAAGGAUCAUUAUUAGCACAAAUUUGGUUGUUCUCGUGUGAGGAAACACAAGGUUGGCAUCAGGCUUAACAGAGUUAAUCAUCUGUUUUGAUCUGGAAUUGCUAUCGCAUGUAAACCCAAGUAUUGUUGCAUAAAAUUCGUUAUUCAAACAUCUUGUGUUUGGAUUCCUUCAGUUAGCGUACAUUA